CUCGCGCACGCGCAACCGCACCGCCGCGACUCCCGCCGUCUCCGGGGGCCUUUUCCCUGGGCGGCGCGGAGCUGUCCGCGGCGGCGCCUGACCCGCUUGAAGGGUUAUUGUGAGGACGGGCUGCCCUGGCUCUGUUUUCCCUGUCGUGUUGUCGCCGGCCAGGAGGGAGGGACAUGUAUAGAGUGUCGCAGAGGGAGGAUCGUGGCCGAGAGCUGAGGCCCCUGUAGCGAUGGGCGUUUGGGCCUGCAGGCAGUGCAGGAGGCGCUCCGAAGGGGGUCUUCUCUGGCAGCCGGCUGUGAGCGGGAGGCCCGAGCCCGGAGCAUUGGCGCCCGUGCAAGUUCCAGGGGACUGAGGCGAGGCGGUAUGGAGGAACUCGACGGCGAGCCGACCGUCACUUUGAUUCCAGGAGUAAAUUCAAAGAAGCAAAUGUGUUUUGACUGGGGUCCAGGGGAGAUGCUGGUGUGUGAAACCUCCUUCAACAAAAAAGAAAAAUCAGAGACCGAGCCAGGCUGCCCCUUUAUCUAUAUCAUCCGAAAGGAUAUAGAUGUUUACUCUCAGAUCUUGAGAAAACUCUUCAAUGAAUCCCAUGGAAUCUUUGUGGGCCUCCAGAGAAUUGAAGAAGAGUUGACUGGAAAAUCCAGAAAAGCUCAAUUGGUCCGAGUGAGUAAGAACUACCGAUCAGUCAUAAGGGCAUGUAUGGAGGAAAUGCACCAGGUUGCAAUUGCUGCUAAAGAUCCAGCCAGUGGUCGCCAGUUCAGCAGCCAGGUCUCCAUUUUGUCAGCAAUGGAGCUCAUUUGGAACCUUUGUGAGAUUCUUUUUAUUGAAGUAGCCCCAGCCGGCCCUCUCCUUCUUCACCUCCUUGACUGGGUCCGACUGCAUGUGUGUGAAGUGGACAGUUUGUUGGCAGAUGUCCUGGGCAGUGAGAAUCCAAGCAAACAUGAGAGCUUCUGGAAGUUGGUGACCAUCUUGGUACUACAGGGCCGGCUGGACGAGGCUCGGCAGAUGCUCUCCAAGGAAGCCGACGCCAGCCCCUCCUCUGCAGGCAUGUGCCGAAUCCUAGGGGACCUGAUGAGGACAAUGCCCGUUCUCAGUCCUGGUAACACCCAGACGCUGACAGAGCUGGAGCUGAAGUGGCAGCACUGGCAUGAGGAAUGUGAGCGUCACCUCCAGGACAGCACGUUUGCUGCCAGUCCUCACCUGGAGUCUCUCUGCAAGAUCAUGCUGGGAGAUGAAGCUGCCUUGUUGGAGCAGAAGGAGCUUCUGAAUAAUUGGUAUCAUUUCCUAGUGACCCGGCUCCUGUACUCUCAUCCCACAGUAAAACCCAUUGACCUGCACCUCUAUGCCCAGUCCAGCCUUGACCUGUUUUUGGGAGGUGAGAGCAGCCCAGAACCCCUGGACAACAUCUUGUUGGCAGCCUUUGAGUUUGACAUCCACCAAGUGAUCAAGGAGUGCAGCAUUGCUCUAAGCAACUGGUGGUUUGUGGCCCAUCUGACAGACCUGCUGGAUCACUGCAAGCUCCUCCAGUCGCACAACCUCUACUUCGGAUCUAACAUGAGAGAGUUCCUCCUGUUGGAAUAUGCCUCGGGACUGUUUGCUCAUCACAGCCUGUGGCAGCUGGGAGUGGAUUACUUUGACUACUGCCCUGAGCUGGGCCGAGUUUCCUUGGAGCUGCACAUUGAGCGGAUCCCCCUGAGCACUGAGCAGAAAGCCCUUAAAGUGCUGCGGAUCUGUGAGCAGCGGCAGAUGACUGAGCAAGGAAGGUCAGGACUGGGGUCAGCUUGGAAUUUACUUCUGCCAGUUCGCAGCAUUUGUAAGAUCUUAGCCAUGAAAGCUGUCCGCAACAAUCGCCUGGGCUCUGCGCUGUCUUGGAGCAUCCGAGCCAAAGAUGCUGCCUUUGCCACGCUGGUGUCAGACAGGUUCCUCAAGGAUUACUGUGAGCGAGGCUCCUUUUCUGAUCUGGAUCUCAUUGACAACCUAGGGCCAGCCAUGAUGCUCAGUGAUCGACUGACCUUCUUGGGAAAAUACCGCGAGUUCCACCGAUUUUACGGGGAGAAGCGUCUUACUGAUGCAGCUUCUCUUCUCCUGUCACUGAUGACUUCCCAGAUUGCCCCGCGGUCUUUCUGGGUAAUACUACUAAUAGACGCCCUGCCCCUUUUGGAAGAGAAAGAGGUGGUUUUUUCAGCAGAGCAAACAUAUGAGUUGAUGAGAUGUCUAGAGGACUUCGCCUCAAGAAGGCCAGUGUGGAGAGAGCCUGGCGUUCAGCGACUCCAGGAGGAUGUUGAGAACACCAAGUUGGAAAUGCUGAGACUUGCUCUUGCACGAAAUCUUGGCCGGGCCAUUAUAAAAGAAGGCUCAUUGGAAGGCUCCUGAGACCAGCCGAGAGCUGCUUCAGGGUGGCACCUUUGUAUGGCAAUGUUUAUAUAUUUCUGAAAAUAAAUUUUCC